AUCUGGUUCUGCUGGAUGACUCACUCUGUCAACCCGAGUGAAGGCGCACUCAUUCACUCAUCAUCCGCGCACGCGCUCAUGUAUAUAUGUAUGCAUACAUACAUACAUAUACAUACACAAGCACGCACGCACGCGCACGCACGCCAGCGCUGCCUAUCUGGAGAGCGGCUCCUAAUCGAAGCGCAUCAGGGCCGCUCAUUCUCCACUGGAGGGCGAGUGGUACAAGAGCACCGGGACGCUCCGGCUGGAGGGAGACGGGAUAGAGCAGCAGCUGGAAGACACAGACAGACCCAGAGACAGAGAGAGAGAGGGAGAAAGAGAGAGAGAGCGAGAGAGAGGAAAACCCCGACCAAGGACUCUGCAAAGCAUUAUUUCUUUCCGCCGGCGGAUUAAACCCGUCCCCAUCUCCAUCUCCAAACACCGACACCACGCUGAGACAUGAGCUUCUCCCGCUGAACAUUAUUGAUGCUGAACUGAGUGGUCCAGUGCUAUCUUCCAGUGUUUCCCCUUCCCUCAGUUUUCUGUCCCUCUGUCUGUCACCCGGUCUGUGAGCAGCCAUGACGAAGUCCUACGAGUUCAACUGGCAGAAACACCUGCCUGAGUUCAUGCAGGAAGGUGCCUCCUUCGACAGGUUUGAUGAGGACCCGUACAUCUUCGAGCCCAACUGUCAUGUGAAAGUGGACGAGUACGGCUUUUUCAUCACCUGGAAGAGUGAGGGAAAGGAAGGCCAGGUUCUUGAGUGUUCUCUCAUCAACAGUAUCCGUGUUGGUGCCGUCCCAAAGGACCCGAAGAUCUUGUCGUCGUUCGAGGCUGCUGGAAAGACAGAGGCAGACCUGGAAGGAUGCAUCAUCUGCAUCUGCAGCGGCACAGACCUGGUCAACCUCAACUUCAUGUUCAUGGUGGCAGAGACCCCAGACACAGCUAGGAAAUGGAUCGAGGGUUUGAGGUCGGUGAUUCACAACUUCAAGGCCAACAACGUCUGCCCAAUGACAUGCCUCAAGAAACAUUGGAUGAGAAUGUGCUUCCUGACUAAUGUAAAUGGGAAGAUCCCUGUGAGAGGCAUUACUCGGACGUUUGCGUCAGGGAAGACAGAGAAGGGGAUCUUUCAGGCUCUGAAGGAUCUCGGCCUUCCUAGUGGAAAGAAUGAUGAGAUUGAACAUUCAGAUUUCACCUUUGACAUUUUCUACGCACUCACGCAGAAGAUCUGUCCUCGCACAGACAUAGAGGAGCUCUUCAAGAAAAUCAAUGGGAACAAAACUGAUUAUUUAACUGUAGACCAGUUAGUCAGCUUUCUGAAUGAAAACCAGCGCGACCCAAGGUUAAAUGAGAUUCUGUUUCCGUUCUACGACCCAAAGAGAGCCAUGCAGAUUAUCGAGAAAUACGAGAGAGAUGAAGAACUGAAGAAGAAAGGUCACAUGUCCAGUGAUGGGUUCUGCCGGUACCUAAUGUCAGACGAAAAUGCCCCCGUGUUCCUGGAUCGUCUGGAGCUGUACCAAGACAUGGACCAGCCGCUGGCCCACUAUUUCAUCAGUUCUUCUCACAACACCUACCUGACAGGCCGACAGUUUGGAGGGAAGUCUUCGGUAGAGAUGUACCGCCAAGUCCUGCUGUCUGGAUGCAGAUGCGUGGAGCUGGACUGCUGGGAUGGGAAAGGAGAGGACCAGGAACCCAUCAUUACUCAUGGCAAAGCCAUGUGCACAGACAUCCUGUUCAAGGACGUCAUCCAAGCCAUCAAGGAGACAGCAUUUGUCACAUCAGACUACCCUGUUAUUUUGUCCUUUGAAAAUCACUGCAGUAAACCUCAGCAGUACAAGAUGGCCAAGUACUGUGAGGAGCUCUUUGGUGAAUUCCUCCUCAAACUGCCUCUGGAGAACUACCCGAUUGAAGCUGGCCGUCCAUUACCUUCUCCAAAUGACCUGAAGAGGAAAAUCCUCAUCAAAAACAAACGCUUGAAACCUGAAGUUGAACAGAAGCAGCUUGAGGCCUUUAAGAAACACAUGGAAGCAGGAGAGACCAACACCCCUGCCAUCAUUAUGGGGGAGGAAAAUGAAGAUGAGACAGAGAACGGGGAAAAGGAGGCUGAGGAUAAGGAUUUAAAUUCAGAGGCACCCAGCAGUCUGUCAGAAGCCACUAGUGAGAAAGAAGCCAACAGUGUUUCCCAGAGUAACGCUGUCAGCUCAAGGAAAGAAGAUGAACGUAGCAACAGCAUCAAGAAGGUGCCUGAUGAUGAGGUGACAGAGAUGUCUGAAGCCACUGAAGCAACAGACGCCACAGAUAUUUCUGAAGCAUCUGAUCAAGACAACAACAAGAAGGGAGUAGAGGUGGCAGAAGACCUUGAAGAGGCUCUGAUAGCUCAGUACACCUACGUGGGAGCCACCACUAACAUCCACCCCUAUCUCUCUGCCAUGGUCAAUUAUGCACAGCCUGUCAAGUUCCAAAGUUUUGAUGUGGCAGAGGAGAGGAAUAUCCACCACAACAUGUCAUCUUUCAACGAGUCAGUUGGCCUAGGUUACCUGAAGACUAACGCCAUCGAGUUUGUCAACUACAACAAGCGUCAGAUGAGCCGUAUCUACCCCAAAGGGGGUCGGGUGGACUCCAGUAAUUACAUGCCUCAGAUCUUCUGGAACGCAGGCUGCCAGAUGGUCUCGCUCAACUUCCAGACCCCAGAUCUGGCCAUGCAGUUGAACCAGGGAAAGUUUGAGUACAACGGCUCCUGUGGGUACCUGCUGAAGCCUGAUUUUAUGCGGCGGUCAGACAGGAUGUUUGACCCUUUCUCAGAGACACCGGUGGAUGGCGUCAUCGCUGCUACCUGCAGCGUACAGGUGUUCUCAGGACAGUUUCUCUCUGACAAGAAAAUUGGCACCUAUGUUGAGGUCGACAUGUACGGGCUGCCGACCGACACCAUACGGAAGGAGUUCCGCACGCGUAUGGUGAUGAACAAUGGACUGAACCCUGCAUACAACGAGGAGCCCUUCGUUUUCAGAAAGGUGAUUUUACCGGAUCUGGCAGUGUUGCGUAUUGGAGUCUACGACGACAACAACAAGCUGAUUGGGCAGCGCCUCCUGCCUCUAGACGGCCUACAGGCUGGCUACCGUCAUAUCUCUCUGAGGAACGAAGGCAACAAGCCCCUGUCGUUGCCCACCAUCUUCUGCCAAAUCAUCCUCAAGACCUACGUGCCCGACGGCUUCGGAGCUAUCGUGGAUGCUCUAUCGGACCCAAAGAAGUUCUUGACCAUAGCUGAAAAGAGGGCUGACCAGAUGAAGGCACUGGGCAUUGAUACGAAUGACAUAGCAGAUGUUCCUAGUGGAAGCUCAAAAAACGACAAAAAGGGAAAGGGUAAAGGAGACACGGUGAAAGCCAGUGUGACGCCACAAGCCAGUUCAGACAUGGCCCAGACCUCCAACUCUGCUCAAAAUAACACAACAGAGACUAAGAAGGAUAAUGCACUUGUGCCUAAUGUCAGCAUUGAAGACUUAAAGCAAAUGAAGACCUACCUUAAACUGAUUAAAAAGCAACAGAAGGAGCUCAACACUUUAAAGAAAAAACACUCAAAGGAUCAAAAUGUAAUGCAGAAAGCCCACUGCACCCAGGUGGAUAAGAUGGUGUCUCAGCACGAUAAGGAGAAGACAACUGUGGAGAAACUAUUAGAGAAAGCUAUUAAGAAACGAGGUGAAAACAACUGCCAAGAGCUGAAAAAAGAGACAGAGGAUAAAAUCCAAACACUAAUCGCUGAUCAUAAAGCCAAGGUAAAGGACAUCACAGCGCAGCACACUAAAGAGUGGUCGGAGCUGAUCAGCAGUCACAGCAGCGAGGAGCAGGAGAUGAAGGACAGUCAUGUCACCCAGCAGUGUGAACACCUCAAGAAGCUGCUGACCUCUGUCCAGGAGCAGCAGACCAUGCAGCUCAAACUCAUACAUGAACGGCAGAGCAAAGAGAUGCGUGCUAACCAGGCCAAAAUGUCCAUGGAAAACAGUAAAGCCAUCAGCCAGGACAAGUCUAUCAAAAACAAGGCUGAACGAGAGAGGAGAGUGCGGGAGUUAAACAGCAGCAACACCAAAAAGUUCCUGGAUGAGAGGAAGAGGUUGGCCAUGAAGCAUCAGAAGGAGAUGGAACAGCUGGAGAAAAACCAGAGAGAACAGUUGGAGAAACUGGAGAAGUUCAAUGAGCAGCUUUUGAAAUCACACCAUGCAAACAAACAGGUUCAAGGCCAAGGACAUGCAGCAGAUGGUGAAGCUGGAGGAGGAGAUGGACCGCAGACCUGCCACGGUGGUGUGAGCGACUGAGACGGAGACACUAACACAUACACUCACACUCGUAUACACGGAAACACUCCACCGCAGGACGCCCUGUACGAUCCAGAGAAGAGCCCCUGCCUACAUCACUGUCUGUCUCACUAUUAUUCACUUUAUGUUCACUCAGAAAUGCAAAGUAGCUCUCCUCACUCCUUCCCCCCUCGCGUUCUCUGCACCUUUAUCCCACCCACUAACCUGAUACCACUGAGCCACUGGUGCUUGUCACUGUUUGACAGGGGGAUUAACCACUUAAAGAGACAGGAAAUUACCUCGGAGAUGAAGCAACACGGAGUCAAACGCAUCCCCUCCUCCACUGUACGUAGGUCUAAGCUGUCACUUUCAAAGUUCUCUGCAUUUUAUGGGCAACAAAGGCUGCAGCUAUUGGUGGAUCCAAGCACACAUACACAAACACACGUUCAGAUAAAGAUAUGUUCCCUUUUUGACUUUUUAUUUAAACCGGUACCCAGUUAAUCACUCAGUGUGUAAGAGGGGAGAAGAGUAUCUAUAAGAUUUAGUGUUGUCUCAGCACAAAUGAAUAAACUUUGUGAAAUACACUGUACGCUACACACCAGUCCUGUCCUGAGCACUUUGUAUAUGAUAGGCCGUCAAAAAAAAAAUGUGGAAAAUGUAGCGGUGCACUACUGUAGAUUUUCUGUUUUUCAGUAAGAAUGUAUUUAAAAAAAUAUAUAAAAUCACUGUAUGAAAGAGUGACGAACCCCCCAUCUUUGAUUGUCCCAACAAUGUUUCAGGCAGUCGGAAUACUAUAAAGGGAUCACGAGGAUGUUCUUUGAUUAUUACGGCCAACGUCUCAGUCAAAUUUACUUUUAAUUACGAGGAAAUACCCAAGAGAUGGUGUAUUCGCUGUGUUUCUUCUGAAGACUACACACUUUAAUAGGUUAUUUUAAGUUUCCAUGAUUCAGGUUUCAAACUGCAAAACUAUACACACUCCUGGACUUGAGCUACAAAUUAUGUGGACUAUGCAAAAAAAAAAAAGAUGAGUUUAAGGUGCACAAAAUUCUCAGCUUUGCUGUAAUAAUAACCAAAAAAAACACGUGAAAAUAUUACAGUUCCAUUUUUUUGUACUGGGCCAACCCGAGGCAAUAACAUUUAGUUGGCACCUACAUGAAAAUCUGAUCAACUCGACAUCUACUAGUACGUCAAAGUGGGAUUUAAAUGUUUUUUUGCAUUGAGAGGUUGUGCACUUAAAACUGUUGAGAGCCAAAUCUGUACUAAACGUUUUUUUUUUAAUCGAAAGAAAUUGAACCCAUCUCUUCAGUAAUACACUCAUUAAGGCAUUGUUGAAGUUAAGUGCUCCCUUAAUAGCUUCUUGACUGCACCUUAGCAACCUCAGCUUGUAAUCCUGCCUGUUCAGCUUUGGUCAGGGGAGAUCAGACUGAAUAAUUAGAGCAGAUCUCGAACGAAAGAAUUCUGUGACGUGGCUUCUACACGGUGUACACACCAAGGGUUUCACACAACACUCUUGUAUCUCUCUGAGUUAAAUGCUACAGGCCUACAGAUGGUUUGAGGAAACAUUGUCAGUGCUGGACAAAAUCCACUACAGAGGAUGACAAAAAUUGACCAGAAAGUUGUAAUAAUGAAAUGAAAAGUCAAAAACAUGGGGAUCAAAGCACCUGUAGGUAUUUUGGCCUUUUUAAAUAUUUCCUUUCUGUUUUUGUUUUCUGCUGUAUGACAUGUAAAGGGUAGACGGGAUGUUCUUGUAUAUACUGGAAUGUAUGUAGUUUACUUUUUGACCAGUUGUGUUCUGUCAUCAAGGGCUUGGGGAUAGAGCGGGUCUUGUUGGAUGUCGGGGAAAGACAUUUAUCAACCACUGGGGUUUUUCUUGUUUGUUCAUUGCUUUUCUGUUCUCCAGUCUGCCCUUACUGCACCACACGACACAAUAUAAUGCUCUCACCACAUAUCUAGAGCAGAGAUAAAUGAGUAAAAGUGCUUUUAAAUUUAUUCCAUUGCUUUCAAAUGUGCCACUCAGUGUCUGUUAGGACGUUUAAAUUAUUUUAUGAAUGAUAAAAUGCCAAAUUAAGGGGUUAUUUAUAUGAAGGUAUAUAUAAAUAAAUGAAUAUAUAUUAUAUAUAUUAGAUAACGUGUAGUUUAAGAUUAUUCUGUUAGAGGCUUUUUUGCACUAGUUGAAUGUUUCUGUUGUGUGAUUACAUGUAUUGGCUCUUGGGUUUGUCAGAAAAAGCAGAUUAUUUUUGCAGAGCAACAUCACUGAUUUCAUUUCCUCGGUUUCUACUGUAUCUCCUCUUUGUUUUCUAUUUGAAUUGUAGCUUGUCAACAGACAUUCUGUGCGUGUUUUUGUAUUUAUAUUGUACUGUUGGACUUAUAGCAAUGAAAAUACUGUUGUUAUCCAGCUCCUUUAAUACUGUUUUAUAGUAUGUGUAUCAAUAAAUCCAGGUGUAAAACGGGA